AACUGCUGGUGCUUAGAAUUGAAUGGCUGGGAGAAAACCACAACGUCACUGAGAAACAAGACCACAACUCAACUCAGCUGGCUUUGCAAUUCUGGAGUUUCAGGUACGAAUGCACUACCCAUCUUCUCCAUAGCCUCAUUCCUCUUGUUUCUGGUCUACUUAAAGCUUUACUCUUUUUGUAAAGAUGAGAACUUUACUGCCAAUUAUCUAAUCCCCAAGUUGUAAACUUUACCAAAGAAAGAUGCAAGCUUUAAUCACCCUGCCAUCUAGAGCUGAAACCUGGAUACUCCCCCAGUUGGGUUCUUGUAAACUUAGUACUCGGAGAAGGAGAAGAAAAAAGAUGUGGGGUCUUGCUUUUCCUGUUUGCUAUGGUCCAACUAGUGCAGUUUUCAAAUUUGGUUUUGGAUGUGGGAGUGUUUCUAGGUACUCUGAACUUAGACUUGCUGGCAAUUGUGAGCUCAAUAAGGGCUCUUCUUUUGUGUCGGCGUGGGCUUUGGAGGAACAAGCUAUUGGGAAUGAGAUUAGUGUAGACAAAUCGCAACAUGGGUUGUUAGGGGAAUGUGAGAGCAAGGAUGUUGUUGUGGAGGGAAUUGAGGAGAGUGAAAUUGUUGAUGUGCGUGUGCUGGCAUCGAGCUUACAGUUUGCGAAAACAGCAGAUGAUGUGGAAGAGGUUCUGAAGGACAAGGGUAAUUUGCCCCUUCAAGUAUUUUCGUCCAUGAUCAGGGGUUUUGGAAGAGACAAGUUGAUGGAUUCCGCAUUUGCUGUUGUUGAAUGGCUUAAGAGGAGGAAGGAAGAAACUAAUGGUAUGAUUACCCCAAACUUAUUUAUCUUUAAUAGUCUAUUGGGUGCAGUGAAGCAGUCUAAACAGUUUGGAGAAAUGGAUAAAGUCUUGGCUGAUAUGACGCAGGAAGGGGUGGAACCGAAUGUUAUAACUUACAAUACUAUAAUGGCAAUUUAUGUAGAACAAGGACUAAGUAGUAAGGCUCUUGAUGUUCUUGAGGAUAUUCAGAAGAAGGGCUUGAUUCCAUCUUCAGUGACCUACUCUACAGCAUUGCUGGCUUAUCAGAGAAUGCAAGAUGGAAUCGGAGCCUUAGAGUUCUUUGUCGAGGUCAGAGAAAAGUAUCGUAAUGGUGAUAUAAGUAAAGUUUCAGAAGAAGACUGGGAAACUGAGUUUCUAAAGCUUGAGAACUUUACAAAACGCGUUUGCUACCAAGUGAUGCGGCGGUGGAUUGUGAUGGAUGAUAAUUUAAGCAUCAAUGUGCUAAAACUUCUAGUAAAGAUGGAUAAUGCUGGGGUUCCACUUGGUCGGGCAGAACAUGAGCGCCUUUUGUGGGCUUGUACCCGUGGAGACCAUUAUAAUGUGGCAAAAGAAUUGUAUAGUAGGAUAAGAGAAAGGCAUUCUGAAAUAAGUCUAUCUGUCUGUAAUCACGUUAUUUGGGUGAUGGGAAAGGCUAAGAAAUGGUGGGCAGCUUUGGAGAUUUAUGAGGAUAUGUUGGACAAGGGGCCAAAGCCAAAUAACAUGUCAUAUGAAUUGGUAGUAUCUCACUUUAAUGUUCUUCUGACUGCUGCUAGAAAAAAGGGAAUUUGGAGAUGGGGUGUCAGGUUGCUCAACAAGAUGGAAGAGAAAGGUCUUAAACCGAGAAGUAAGGAAUGGAAUGCAGUUCUAGUUGCCUGUUCCAAGGCUGCAGAAACGUCUGCUGCUGUCCAGAUUUUUAAAAGAAUGGUAGAACAAGGUCAAAAACCCACAAUCCUUUCUUAUGGGGCCUUGCUCAGUGCCCUUGAAAAGGGGAAACUCUAUGAUGAGGCCCGCCAGGUAUGGGAACAUAUGAUCAAGGUUGGUGUAAAACCCAAUCUGUAUGCAUACACAAUCAUGGCCUCAGUUUUCAGUGGACAAGGAAAAUUUAAUUUGGUAGAGACCAUUGUUCAAGAGAUGGUUUCAUCAGGGAUUGAGCCAACGGUAGUCACAUACAAUGCAAUUAUUAGUGGCUGUGCACGAAAUGAUUCAAGCAGUGCUGAUGCAUAUGACUGGUUUGAUCGGAUGAAAGCUAACAAUAUUCCUCCAAACAAUGUUACCUAUGAAAUGAUGAUUGAGGCUCUUGCUAAAGAAGGUAAACCAAGGCUUGCAUACGAGUUAUAUUUGAGGGCUCAAAACCAGGGCAUUCACCUCUCUGCAAAGACUUAUGAUAUUUUGGUCCAACCCUCAAUGGUUUCUGGAGCUAGUUUUGAUCUAAAACUCUUAGGGCCUCGUCCACCUCAGCAGAAAAAGGAAAAUUUGCAAGGUAGAAAAUCUUCUACCUAAACCUUUUGAAGAACUCAGAGAUGUAGACCGUUUGAUACUUGAUAGCUAGAGAGAGAAAGGAAAUAUACGCCCUUGACAAACCAAUGUGGAAUUAGUUACCAUGAACUCUCUGUCCAUCCAUCUGAAUGUACACCCUGAUGUAUAAAUUUAUUGAUUUAAAAUAUAGUGAUAUAUGCAAAUUCAAUACCAAGUUUAAAUAUGUGGAAUAUGAGAUGAACUCCUAUCAAUCAAGGUGGAAUUAUCUAAAUUGCAUGAGAGUUUCAGUUGCUUCAGAUUUGAAACUGGCUUCACAUUUGCAAGAUAUAUCAGAACCUCCACCACUGAAUGGUGGAAUUAUCUGCAUAUUGUGAGACCUUAAGAGAGAGAAAGAGAAGGGAGACAGAGAGAGAGAGAGCCAUUUCAGAUUUUCAGAUCCCAGAGAUGGAUUUCACUUUCACUUCACCGCACCACACCACAGAAGAUGAAUUGGAAAGGGCAAAUUGGUAUUCGCGGUGGUGGGCUUCGUCUUUGAGAUCAUUUCAGAUGAUGGGUUCUCAUGUUUGCUGUCCGCAAUUGGCCAUUUGAAAAACAAGUCCUCUAACAUGUAAGAAUGGUUUACCAUAUGAUACAGUUCACUCUUUUGUUAUCAAUCUCUGAUAUAAUCUUGAUUAGACCCUUCGA